CUCAAUAAAUUCACCUGUCACAGUUUUCUGCCUUCAGUUCUGGGUCAAAAAAGAGAGGAUUCAGAUUCAGCAGCCAUGGCAUUAAAGGGAACACUUACUUGGCUUUGCUCACUAGCAGCCUUGUCCUUCUCUGCAGCGCAGGAUGAAACUUUACUACAGAAUUGCAACUUGCAAACUCAGGUCAUUGAACGUCUACCAGCUGAUCUCAGGGUGGCGGCACAGUGUGUUGAAAAUCUGAGUGCACAGCAGACCGCUGCACUACUGUUCUCCACGAGGGAUCUGAGUGAUGCUCUGCACAAGCACCAGCUGAAAGAAUGUCAAGAUGCUGAGCCGAAGGAAUGCCCUGUAGCCGAAGUUCCAGAAAAUGGAGGUUUGGCGUGUCUCACAGUUGCCAACAAGCGCUACUGCAAACCUAUGUGCAACCAUGGUUACGAUUUUGGUUUUAUCAGGAGGAGUCGUUUGUAUGAUGAAUGCAGCCAGCAGACAGGACAUAAAUGGGAUACCCAGUACGUGGGAGGAAACAAGCUGGCUGUGUGCAACAAAGAAUCUAUUCAAGUUUCAGGAGCACAGACAGCGUAUUUUCCUAAAGAUCAGGACUGCCUAACGACCAAGAGCAGCAGCCAACUGCAGAACAGCACCAUGGAAGUUUUUACCAAUGAGCUGAAGAAUCAAGGCAUACAAGGAGAGCCAGAGUAUGCCUGUCUUGUAUGUGGAUGACCAAGAGGUAGAAACAAGUGUGGAAAAAUGCAUCGACAGAGGUGUUGCAGCAAGAAAUGAAGUAUUUGCAAGUGGAAACAGUUCAAAUCUGUAUGAAAGUUAAACUAACUUCACAAAAAUAAAAGUGUUCCUGUACUUGAA